AUGUCAAAUGAUGCAAAACAAAAAACAUCAUUAAAUCACAAAAAAGUUACACUAAUUGACAAAUCAGUAGUAACUGAAAAACUUGAAUUACUUCAGAAAUUAAAAGAGGAUAAUAUAGUGAAAAUAAAAAUAUCAAAAUCAUCACCAAAGGAUCGUCGAGCAGCUAUGUUGAAUAUUGCUCAUUCAAAUGCAUCUGGGUCAUCAAAUGACUUUAGCAGUGAUGAUGAUGAUUGUAUUGGUGACAAACGAUAUGAUGAUGUUGAUAAACCAAGUCAUGAUGAUUCUGAUAAAACAAGCCAUGAUGAUGAUGAUAAAUCCAGUCAUGAUGGAAGUGAUUAUGGUGAUGAUAAAUCCAGUCAGGAUGAUGAAAGUGAUUCUUAUGAUCGUGGCAAACAUGAGUCAAGUUGUGUCAAUAAUACCAAAGAAGCUUGUGAUGGUGAAGAAGACCAAGUUAUUGUUUUAAUUAUUUUAAGGGAAAUUGUAGAUGCUGUGGGUCAAGCACUUCGUGAAUACAAUACUUUUGCUAAAUCUUAUCAGAUGAUGCAUGAAGAGUUGCAACGAUUGACGAUCGGCACUGAAGAACCUGAAAUGCAAUUACUAUUCACAUUAAAACCCGGAAUGGAUGCAAGAAGAUACAAUCCACAAAAAGUCAAUGAGGUAGCAGCACUUUUCACAACAACUGCUGAUGGAGAUAUUCCAGAAUUGUACGUAACAGUACAUAAUAAAAAAUCUAAGAAUCUCCAGUUCAUUAGCUCCAUGGAUCCAACUGUUGAGCCAUUAGUUUAUCCAUUAUUUUAUCCCCAUGGAACACUUGGUUGGCACUCAAAUAUAGCAUGUUGGAUCGUAGAUAAUUACGUAAAAAUAGAAAAAGAUAGAAUGACUUUCUGUAGAAAUAACCAAAAAUCGAUUCGAGCUGAUACUUAUCAAGGCUUAAUAGAUCAUUUACAACAACAAGCAAACAGUUCUAACCAACAGCUAGGAAAAAUGGUAGUUCUUCCGUCAUCAUUCACUGGUUCCCCACGUAACAUGUUACAACAUUAUCAAGACGCAAUGGCAAUUGUUCGCAAAUUUGGAAAACCAGAUCUUUUUGUAACAAUGACUUGCAAUCCGAAUUGGCGCGAAAUUCAAGAAAAUUUAUUACCUGGCCAGACAUCAUCUGAUAGACCUGACAUAGUCUCACGUGUUUUUAAUAUAAAAAAAGAAGAACUGAUCACUACUAUUGUCAAAAAAAAAUUAUUUGGUGAAACUCUUGCGUAUGUAUAUGUCAUAGAAUACCAAAAACGUGGUCUUCCACAUAUUCACUUACUUAUAAUACUAAAGAGUAAUCAUAAAAUUGUAACAUCUGAUGUAGUUGAUAAAUACAUUUCAGCUGAAAUUCCACUGUUAGCAGACGACCCAAUUCUUCACAAUAUUGUUAUGAAAAAUAUGAUUCAUGGUCCAUGUGGAGCUUGGUGUAAAGACCAAAAUGGCAAAUGCUCUAAGCAUUUCCCAAAGUCAUUUCAAAAUGAAACAAUAAUGGAUGAAAAUGGCUAUCCAACUUAUCGUAGGAGGAAUACUGGAGCGCAUAAUCGUCCACAAGGAGGAACUGCUGAUAAUCAGUACGUUGUUCCUUACAAUGCCACAUUACUUAAGUUAUUCAAUUGCCAUAUUAAUACAGAAAUAGUAUCCAGCAUCAAAUCUGUUAAAUAUCUUUAUAAAUAUAUAUACAAAGGACAUGAUGCUGCAGCUGUAGAAGUUGUUGAUGAAACAAGUGAUAUAGGAGAGCUUAAUCAUGACGAAAUUCGUAAUUAUAUCGAAACUCGAUAUGUUGGCCCUGUAGAGGCAUGUGAUCGAAUAAUGGGCAGAUCUUUGCAAAAGAAAAGUCAUUCAAUUAUGAGGUUACCAGUUCAUUUGCCAAAUCAACAAAGUGUCAUUAUUAGUGAUGAAGGAACAGAAGAUUCAAUAAGGACCGCUUUAGAAAAAACAACUAUGUUGAUCGAGUACUUUGCUUUAAAUCAACGCGAUCCAGUCGCAAGACAAUACACCUAUGCCGAAAUUCCAUCACAUUUUGUUUUCAAAAAAUCGACUAGCAGCUCUAAUAAAUCCUUAUCUUGGGAAACACGUCAAAAGCAAUUUAGUGUUGUUGGUAGAAUGUACUCUAUCAGUCCUCAUCAAAUGGAAUUAUUUCAUUUACGCUUAUUAUUAUUAACAGUUAAAGGAGCCACCAGUUUCGAAAAUUUACGAACAGUUGAUGGCAUGAUCUAUGAUACUUACCAUAGAGCAUGCUUAGCUCGAGGUCUCAUUGAAGAUGACUCAGAAUGGACAAGGGCGCUGACAGAAGGAGAAAUAUGGAUGAUGCCUCGACAAUUGAGAAAUUUAUUUGCAAGCAUACUAAUACACUGUCAACCAAGUUGUCCUGGUGAUCUAUGGAACCAGUUCAAAGAUGCUUUAUCACAAGAUUUCCAAAGAAACAAUUCUUUAUCUGACUCACACUGUAAAGCAUAUCAUGAAAUAAAUAAUUUAUUGUCUGGUAAUCGACGUAGUCUGAGUGAUUUUCCCAGUAUGCCACCGCUAGAUGAUUUUGUAAUUAAUUCAUCUGCUGAUCAUAAUUGUCAAGUAGCAAUAUCUCUAUAUCAUCAAGAUGUUGGUCAACGUCAGUAUAGGCAAUUGAAUGUAAAACAAAAAGCAAUAGUUGAUUCAAUUUUCGAAGUCGUAAUGUCGGAUAAUAAAGCAAAGAGUUUGAAAAGAUGUUAUUACGUAGAUGGACCAGGUGGAUCAGGGAAGACUUUCAUUUACACUACUUUAUAUCAUUUGCUAAAAAGCAAAGGAAAAAAAAUUUGCACGAUGUCAUUCACAGGUGUUUCUGCAAUAUUGCUUCCAAAUGGGCAGACUGUCCACCAUUCUUUCGGAUUACCAGUUCCUUUAUUUGCAGAUUCAACUUCUCACAUAAAAAUACAAUCACAGGAAGCACAGAUUAUGAAAGAGUAUGACUUAAUAAUUUGGGAUGAAGGUCCAAUGGCACCAAGAUAUUGCAUGGAAGUAGGUGAUAAAACUUAUAAAUAUUUUAUGGAUAAUGAUUUACCAUUUGGUGGCAAAGUUAUGUUAAUUGGUGGUGAUUUCAGGCAAUUACUUCCUGUCAAAAUGAACGCUACUCGGACUGAGUUGGUCAAUUUGUCAAUCAAAUUCAGUCAUUUAUGGAAACAUUUUUCUGUACUUUCAUUAACAGAAAAUAUGAGAACAUUGCCAGAAGAAACAGAAUUUGCAAAAUAUCUUUUGGAUCUUGGGGAUGGUAUUUUGAAUGAUAAUAAUAGUAAUAUAUUAGCUCCAGAACGAUGUGUGGCUAAAAGAACUGACGACAUUGUAGAAGUAAUGUUUAAAGAGCUACUUGAUAAUCGAAGAUAUGAUGAACUCACAACAGUUGCUGUUUUGUCAGCACGAAAUGUUGAUGUCGAUGAGAUAAAUAACCGAGUUGUAGAACUACUUGAUAAAGGUUCUGAAAAAAUUUAUACUAGCAUAGAUAGUACAGAAAAUUGUGACAACGGAGAUAUUGAAGAUGCUAUACUACCAGAAUAUCUACAAUCAUUAAAUCCUCCUAACUUUCCACCUCAUGAAUUAAAAUUAAGAAACAACUGUGUUGUCAUGCUUCUUCGAAAUCUCAGUAUUGCUGAAGGUUUAUGCAAUGGAACGCGAUUGCAAAUAUUACAGUUAGCGAACAACCUUCUUCAAUUUAACAUCCUACUACCAGAAAUUGUACAAAAUGAUAUAUCAGAAGAUAUAGCGCUAGUUCUAGAAAUGCCCCUCACUCUCGAAAAGGCCAAGCUGGAUCACGUUGAAAAGGUUAGGUCCUCGGCUCUCGUAAAAAAUGUUCAGCCAGAAAGACUGGCUGACGCAGAAGAUCACGCUGACGCUGAGGUGGAUGACAUCAUGACUCGCAACAGUCCAGUCUCAGAACGUUUUGAGGCAUUCAGUCUAGGGGUUGUCAACACACCCGAUUCGGAUCUCGGACAUUUGGAUACCGCAGUACGUUUCUUAGUGAAACAGUUCACGAAGGAUCCCGCACUAUCACGCGAUAUUGUCAGAGGAGUCACAGCUCUCAAACGUCCCCGCGAAGACGAUGAUGAAGCUAGCGAUGCCAAAAGGAGUUGUACUUCCUUGACUUGCAGGAGCACUCGUGGAUCUCCAAGAGAUCUACGAACUCCCUCCUCUUGGAUCCCGACACCAACUGGAGACUUCAAAGUGCCAUCGUUCGCUAUCAGAAAGGCAAAACAACCGGUUGGUAAGAAGGCUGAUGUUGGAAGUAAUUACGAUCAAGGCAAACAUCAUGACUGGAUGAUAAAAAAAAACUUCCCACAACCACCAAGACAGGCUCUCGCAAGAAACGCUCUCGAUCAAGGUGCUGUCGUCACACGAGUGCAAUCAUUGAGUGGUGCUGCAAGACCACCAGCAGUUGGCGCUGUAGCAGCUGUCUACUACAACUGUCGUGCACCAGUUCAACGGUAUAUGUACCAAAGCUCCAGCAUCUAA